GUACAUACACUGUGAAGUUUUAUGAUGGUGUAGUUCAGACUGUCAAAAACAUUCAUGUCAAAGCUUUUUCCAAAGAUCAAAAUACUGUGGGUAAUGCUAAGCCUAAGGAAAGAGGUGAUGAAAUUCCGUCAUCUCCUGAAAAGCAGGAGAAAUUUAAAGAACAGAGGAAAGCAACAGGUAAUGCAAAGAAAGACAAGGAUGAAAAGACAUUAAAGACUGAAAAAAGAAUUAAGCAACCUGAUAAAGAAGGAAAAUUGAUAGUCAUCUCAGAAAAAGGCAAGGUCUCAGAAAAGAAUAUAUCUAAGGAUGGAAAAGAAGAUAAAGAGAAUAUAUCAGAGAAUGAUAUGGAAUAUUCAGUAGAUACACACGUUGAGAAGAAGCCUGAGAACGACAAUGUAAAGAGUCCACAGGAAAACGCAAAAGAAACUAAACGAAAACGUGGAAGACCACCGAUAACACCUCCAACCGAGCCGAGUUCUCAGACACUGCAGCCCAUAACUUUGGAGUUAAGACGUCGGAAAAUACCUAAAGGAGGUGAAGUUCCGUCAAAGCGUCCCAGGAUUGAAAAACACUUGUGUCAGGAAAAAUUGAAGAACUCUUCAGAUAACCCUGAAAGAUACCGGAUCAGGAGACGAUCGUCAAGACUCUCAUCUAGUAUUAGUCAUGAGAUUUUAAAUACAGAUCAUGUCACAGCUUCAAUGGAAAUUCAGCCUUUGAAAGAUGCAGUAUCUAACCAAAACGAAUCUGAGAAGGUCCAGUUAGAAAUUCCUGUUGAAUCUGACCAAAGUUCCAGUAAACAAGGAUCUCUUGGAAACACAUCACAUAGCACAGCACUCAGUACAGAUGCCAGUUUACUGGAAGAAAAAGUUGAAGAGACUGAGUCUUCCUCUGUUACUGUCAGAACUCAAGAACCUUCUGCUGCUACAGUAACAAAACCUUGUAGGAGAGCAGAUUUUCUUGCCUCAAAAAAAGCUGCAACUGUUGAUCAAGAUCACAAGUUUAGAUGCAAGUUCUUGGACUGUCCAAAAUGCUUCCGCAAAGCCAAGUUAUUGCAUUAUCACAUGAAAUACUUGCAUGGAGUGGAGAACGCUGCAGAAUCACAGCAGAACCCUCUAAAAAGAAAUAUUCAAACCAGAGCUUCUUUGGCUUCUGAAAAAGCUAAUCAAGAAAGGUCAAAAAGAGGACGGACCACAACUGGCUCAUUGUAUGCUCCUCUACACAUAGCUCUAAGGAGUACCCCAUAUAGAGAUGAAAAAAUAGAAAAGAGAAGAACUUCAACUCCUGUAAGCGCAUUAAAUAGUCACCGACAUUCUGUUAGAGAACAAACCAAGAACCACAUAGCGAGAUCGCUGCGGAAGCCUCAAGAAAAAGAAAGAGUUGAAAAUGCUGUUAAAGAACACGAGAAGAACAAAGAAAGAAAAUCCAAAGACUAUGGAAGGUCCAAGUCAAAGAAAAAGAAAAAAAAGAAAAAGCGAACUAAGCCUGAAUACUCCGGCAGUGAAGAAAACACAGAUAUUUCACAAGAGCUUUCUCCUGAAAAAUCAGUUGUCACAAAAUUUAUUUCUUCAAAUAAAUUAUCUGCCCACCCAAGCACACUGCUACACUGCUCUGAUUCUGGACAAUACAGAGGAAAAUCAAAAACGAAUGAGGAUGAUACCCUGAGUGAGUCAUCUAUGGAUAGCUUGCUUUGGAGUGAUGAUGACUGCAGUCAGGAUGUUGAUGUAACCACGAACCCUGAUGAAGAAGUUGAAGAAAGCGAUUUUGAGAUUGUUCGGUGUGUUUGUGAAGUAAAAGAAGAAAAUGACUUCAUGAUUCAGUGUGAAGAGUGUCUAUGCUGGCAGCAUGGAGUCUGUAUGGGUUUACUGGAAGAUAAUGUACCUGAGAAAUAUACCUGCUAUUUUUGCCAAGAUCCUCCAGGUCAGAGAUCCAGCUUAAAGUACUGGUAUGAGAAGGAGUGGUUAAGUAAUGGUCACAUGCAUGGCUUAGCAUUUUUGGAAGAAAAUUAUUCCCACCAGAAUGCCAAGAAGAUAGUAGCCACUCACCAACUUCUUGGCGAUGUACAGAGAGUGAUAGAAGUACUGCAUGGACUGCAGCUGAAGAUGAGCAUAUUACAAAAUAAAGAACAUCCUGACUUAAAGUUGUGGUGCCAUCCAUGGAAGCACAUUACAGUGGAUGAAAAAAUUCAUACAAAACACAUCAUUCACAUUGAGGAAAACUGUUGCAAAGAGGAGACGGCAAGUUAUAGAACUUGGAAUGGGAUAGUUGAGAAACCCUCAACCAUUCCUUCUGUGGAGGAAUCUUACAUUACGAGUGAACACUGUUACCAGAAGCCUCGGGCCUACUACCCUGCAAUAGAGCAGAGAUUGGUUGUGGAAACAAGAGGUUCAGCCGUGGAUGAUGAAGUAAAUAGAAUAAGGGAAAAUGGGGAUGAUGCCCUGUCAGAGAGAUUUGGCUGGAAUCUGGACCGAGAAAUAUGCAAGAUGGAAAAUGAAUCCAAACACAAUUACUCUAAGGUAAGAGAGUCUGUCUCUAAGAAAGUCUCUCCAGAGGAAGCUGUUGAAAUGAAAUUGCUGGAAAAAGACAAAGAAGGAGUUGUGAACUCGCAGCUGCAGUGGCAGCUUAAUCUUUUAGCUCAUGUCGAAUCUCUGCAAGAUGAAGUCAUACACAGAAUGGAUUUCAUUGAGAAGGAGCUAGAUGUUUUGGAGAGUUGGCUGGAUUAUACAGGAGAGCUGGAACCACCAGAACCGCUAGCUCGGCUCCCACAACUCAAACAUUGUAUAAAGCAGCUUAUAACGGACCUAGGCAAAGUGCAACAGAUUGCACUUUGCUGCUCAACGUGAGACUAGAAAAUGUUGGAGACUGUUACUGAGUGCAAAGUGGGAGCAUCUGAUGUGAACAGCUCUGUAUAUUUAAAUGAAAUUAGCAUGCUGAUUGCAUGUGAUGCAGAUUGACUUCAGGGAUUUGUGAAGAAGUGCUGUUCAAAGAACAGCAAAAAGGUUAUUUUAUCUCAUCAUAAUUUCAGGUUUAUUAGGCAAUUAAAAUUAUAUGGAAG